AUGAAGAUGAAGAGCAUUAUACUCCUCGCUGUCGUUUUCGCAGCCGUCGACGCGCAAUGGAACACCAACAUGGUUCCUGGCCGCCACGUGAUGGUUCAUCUUUUCGAAUGGACAUGGGCUGACAUUGCUGCCGAGUGCGAGAACUUUUUGGCCCCAAAAGGCUUCGGUGGAGUUCAGAUCUCUCCUCCGACCGAAAACGCAGCGAGUUCUCCGCGUCCGUGGUGGGAGCGGUACCAACCAAUUUCGUACAAUUUCGUGACGCGCUCCGGUGACGAGGCCGCCCUGGCCGACAUGAUCCAGCGCUGCAACGCGGUAGGCGUCAGGGUGUACGCGGACGUCGUCUUCAACCACAUGACAGGACACGGCGCCUUCAACGUCGGAACCGGUGGCAGCACCGCCGAGCCGGACAAAUACCUCUACCCGGCGGUGCCCUAUGGCCCCAACGACUUCAAUGCCGAGUGCACCAUCACCAACUACCAAGAUCCAGGAAACGUCCGCAACUGUCAACUCGGUUCCUUGCGGGACCUGAAUCAGUCCACUGAUUACGUCCGCGGCAAAAUCAUCGACAUGCUCAACAGACUGAUCGCAUUGGGCAUUGCCGGCUUCCGCGUCGACGCCGCUAAGCACAUGUGGCCUGGCGACCUGGAGAUCAUCUUUGGCAGCCUGAACGACCUGAAUACCGAGCAUGGCUUUGCUGCAGGCACCAGACCUUUCAUCGCAAUGGAAGUCAUUGAUCUCGGAGGAGAAGCGGUCGGCAACAAGGAUUACUUGCACUUGGGCCGCAUAACAGAGUUCAAACUGAGCGCAGAAAUCGGCAAAGCGUUCCGCGGCAAGACGCAGCUCAAGUGGCUGUCCAACUGGGGUGAGGGCUGGGGCUUCAUGGCGUCAGACAGCGCGCUGGCGUUCGUGGACAACCACGACAACCAGCGGGGCCACGGAGCCGGCGGCGCCGACAUCCUCACGCACAAGGACUCGAAGUUGUACAAGAUGGCGACAGCGUUCAACCUGGCGCACCCGUACGGCGCGUCGCGCGUCAUGUCCAGCUACUUCUUCGACAACACAGACGCCGGCCCGCCGCAGAAUGCUGACGGCAGCACCAUCAGCCCAGGUUUCAGCACCGACGGCACCUGCACCAACGGCUGGGCUUGCGAGCACCGCUGGCGCCAGGUGUUCAACAUGGUCGAGUUCAGGAACGUGGUCGCAGGCACCACCAUAAACGGAUGGUGGGACAACGGCAACAACCAGAUCGCCUUCUGCCGCGGCGGCAGAGGCUUCGUCGCCUUCAACAACGAGUAUGGUGUCGACCUCAACGCCAACCUGCAGACCUGUCUCCCGGCUGGCACCUACUGCGACGUCAUUUCCGGAUCCAAGGAGGGUGGUGCUUGCACUGGAAAGACGGUGACCAUCGGAGGCGAUGGAGUGGCCAACAUCGUCAUCAACAACGACGAGGUCGACGGAGUUCUGGCCAUCCACGAAAACUCGAGGCUGUAAUCAUCUGGAGAACCUUGCAUUUUGAUUUUUUGCUGUAGCAAAAUAAAUGAUAUCAAAAC